CGGCAGAAGCCAGGCGGCUACUGAAGUCGAGAUCGAGACCGACUGAUCCAGCAACCCGUGAGCACGCGGAUUUUAUAUGCCAUCGCGUCAGGAGCCCAUGGGGCACAGCCGCAUACGGCCAAACGCACAACACAGCGUUGAGGCUUGUAGCCUUGUGGGUGAGAGAGCUAGCCAGCUGAAGCAACAGCAAGGCGAAGCAAGCUCGCUAGCAAGGAUGGGGUCCUUGCCGCCGGCGGGCGAGAGGCCGCACGCCGUGAUGAUGCCGUACCCGGCGCAGGGCCACGUGACGCCGAUGCUGAAGCUGGCCAAGCUGCUCCACACCAGGGGCUUCCACAUCACCUUCGUCAACAACGAGUUCAACCACCUCCGCCUGCUGGGCGCGCAGCAGUCGCAGGCCGCCGUGGACAGGCUCUGCAGCCUGCCGGGGUUCCGGUUCGCCACCAUCGCCGACGGCCUUCCUCCGUCCGACCCCGAGGCCUCGCGGGACACCCCCGCCCUGAUCUACUCCACCAUGACCACCUGCCGUCCCAGGUUCAAGGAGCUCGUCGUCAAGCUCAACGAGGAGGCUGAGGCCUCCGGUGGCGCCGUGCCGCCUGUUACCUGCGUGGUGGCCGAUAGCAUCACGAGCUUCGCCAUUAGCGUGGCGCGUGAGCUCGGCCUCCGCUGCGCCGUGCUCUGGACCGCCAGCGCCUGUGGUUUCAUGGGCUACUACCACUACAAGGACCUACUCGACCGUGGAAUCGUCCCUCUCAAAGAAGCUCAGUUGAGCAAUGGAUACUUGGACAAGAUCAUCGACUGGAUCCCGGCGAUGCCCAAGGACCUGCGGCUACGUGACCUCCCGAGCUAUUUGCGCACCACGGACCCCGAUGACAUCAUGUUCAACUUCUUCAUCCACGAGGUACCCGCCAUGUCGCAGGCGUCGGCAGUGGUCAUCAACACCUGGGACGAGCUCGACGCGCCCUUGCUUGAUGCCAUGUCCAAGCUCCUGCCGCCCAUCUACACGGCGGGGCCACUCCAUUUGACGGCUCGCAACAAUGUGCCGGAGGAGAGCCCUAUCUCCGGCAUUGGGUCCAACCUGUGGAAGGAGCAGGACGCUCCCCUCCGGUGGCUCGACGGCCGCCCGCCGCGCUCCGUGGUGCACGUCAAUUUCGGGAGCACCACGGUCAUGUCCAAGGAGCAUAUGCUGGAGUUCGCGUGGGGGCUGGCCAACACUGGUUACGCCUUCCUAUGGAACGUGCGGCCUGACCUCGUCAAGGGCGACGUCAAGGCCGCACUUCCGCCGGAGUUCUAUGCGGCAACUGAGGGGCGGAGCAUGCUGUCGACGUGGUGCCCGCAGCAGGAGGUGCUGGAGCACGAGGCCGUAGGGGUGUUCCUCACGCACUCUGGCUGGAACUCGUCACUGGAGGGCAUCUGCGGCGGCGUGCCGAUGGUGUGCUGGCCCUUCUUCGCGGAGCAGCAGACCAACUGCCGUUUCAAGUGUACGGAGUGGGGCAUCGGUAUGGAGAUUGGGGAUGACGUGAGGAGGACCGAGGUGGAGGCCAUGAUACGGGAGGCCAUGGAGGGGGAGCAGGGGCGUGAGAUGCGACGACGCGUGCUGGAGCUUCGCCAGAGUGCUGUGGCCUCUGCACGGCAUGGCGGAAGGUCCAUGCGCAAUGUUGAUAGGCUCAUCAAGGAGGUGCUUCUGGCUUGAAACAAGCAAAUUAAGCUGGUAAAAAUAAAUGGUUUGGCGAGUCUGAAGCGUUUAUUAAGACGUAACCAACUCCUCUCCAUUUGAAAGCUUAAGUCAUGUUUUGAGUGAUAAUUUACAUGGAUUACCAAGAUUUGCUACAAAGACGAUUGAAAUA